GUUUGUGUGUUUAGUCACGACGAGACACUAAGUGGGAAAUUAAAAAAAAAAGAAAAGAAAAAAGAAGUUGGUACAAGGUUGCAUCCAGAUUUUGACUAAUAAUGAAGACAGCUGAAAAAAACAAAACUCAAAAAAUAGAAAAACAAUUUUUUUUUCUUAGAAAUGAAAGGUUUCUCUGCUAGUAGCUUUGCACGUCGAAUUUUCAAAUCCAAUUCACAGAGCCCAAAGGAAAAUAGGGAAAACACUGGCAGCUAUGAUGCUAUUAAUGUCAUCCUUAACCAUGACUUCUCGGAAGAGUUGCACUUGUGGCGCACCAAUUGCUGCAAUGCUUUUGUGGUUCCAGCGGGUUCUGGUAACUAUAAAGGAACUGCAGAAGAUGUAGGCUGUUCUUAUGCUGUUGUCACGAAUCGCACGGAAUGUUGGCAAGGGUUGGAGCAAGAUAUUACAAGUAGAAUUUCAGCUGGUUGUGACUACACAGUUUCUGCUUGUGUUGGAGUCUCUGGUACUUUUCAUGGUUCUACUGACGUCCUGGCUACGUUGAGACUUGUUUACCAAAAUGCAAAUACAGACUAUUUAUUUAUUUCAAAAAAAUCUGUUAUGGGGGAGGGUUGGCAUAUGUUGGAAGGUUCAUUUUCACUGUCAACUAUGCCCGAUCAAGUUGUCUUUUAUCUCGAGGGACCUUCACCUGGAUCUGACCUGCUCAUAAAAUCAGUGAUCAUCACUUCCCCCGGUUGCACUGAUUAUGAAAGUUCUAGACCAACAUCCAGUUGUACUGAUGAUGAGAAGAUCAUAGUAAAUGCAAAUUUUGAUUACAGCCUGAAUAGUUGGUCCGGAAGAGGUUGCAAGGUUGUUUGCCUUGACUGUAUGGCAGAUGCAAAUAUCAAUCCAACCUCUGGAAAAUACUUCGCAUCUGCAACAGAGCGCAAACAGAGCUGGAACGGGAUUCAGCAAGAUAUAACCGGGAGAGUGAAGCGAAAGCUUGCAUAUGAGAUGACUGCUAUUGUUCGUCUAUAUGGUCACAAUGCCAAUAGUGCAGAUGUUCGGGGAACAUUGUGGGUUCAAGCAGCUGAUAACCGUGAACAGUACAUAGGAAUUGCCAAAGUCCAAGCCACAGACAAAGAUUGGGUGCAGUUGCAAGGGAAGUUUCUUCUAAAUGACUCCCCAUCUAAAGCUGUCAUCUUUUUAGAAGGUCCACCUCCAGGAACGGAUAUCCUCCUCAAUAGUUUAGUUGUAAAUCACGUAGUUAAACCUCUUCCACCUCCUCCACCAGUUGUUGAGAAUGCAGUUUUUGGUGUUAAUAUAAUCACAAACACCCAUCUGAAUAAUGGCACAAAUGGCUGGUUUCCGCUAGGCAAUUGCAGAAUGAGUGUUCAAACAGGCUCACCACAUAUAAUUCCUCCAAUGGCUAGAGAUUCCCUUGGUUCUCGUGAGAAUUUAAGUGGUCGUUAUAUUGCAGUGACUAAUCGUACCGAGACAUGGAUGGGCCCUGCUCAGGUGAUCACAGAUAAAGUCAAACUCUAUUUGACAUACCAAGUAUCUGCAUGGGUUAAAGUCAGACAUGCAUCAGGCCCUCAGAAUGUAAGUGUGGCCCUUGGUGUAGACGACCAAUGGGUUAAUGGGGGCCAAGUUGAGGUUAGCGAUGAUCAAUGGCAUGAAAUUGGAGGAUCUUUUAGAAUUGAGAAGCAAGCAGCUAAAGUGAUGGUGUAUGUCCAGGGUCCUGCUGCUGGGGUUGACCUAAUGGUAGCUGGACUUCACAUUUUUCCAGUUGACAGACAUGCAAGAUUUAACCACUUGAAGAGACAGACAGAUAAGAUACGCAAGCGAGAUGUCAUCUUGAAGUUCUCUGGAUCAGACACAGUCCAUUUGCUUGGCACAUCUGUUAGAGUUAGACAACAGCAAAACAGUUUCCCCUUCGGAUCGUGCAUUUGCAGAACAAACAUGGACAAUGAAGACUUCAAUGAUUUCUUUGUCAAGAACUUCAAUUGGGCUGUCUUCGGAAAUGAGCUGAAGUGGUACAGCACCGAAGCACAGCGAGGAAAGUUCAAUUACAGAGAUGCAGAUGAGCUCCUAGACUUCUGCACGAGACACAACAUUCAAGUUCGUGGUCACUGUAUAUUUUGGGAGGUGGAGUCCACCGUUCAAGAAUGGAUACGCUCGUUGAACAACAAUGACUUGAUGGCAGCUCUUCAAAACCGUUUAUCGGGCCUACUUACACGUUACAGAGGUAAGUUCAAACAUUAUGAUGUGAAUAAUGAGAUGAUGCACGGUUCUUAUUACCAAGAACGGUUAGGUAAAGACAUAUGGGCAAAUAUGUUUAAAAAAGCACACCAACUGGAUCCUUCCGCGAUCUUAUUUGUAAAUGACUACCAUGUUGAGGAUGGCUGUGACACUCGGUCAUCCCCUGAAAAGUACAUCGAGCAUAUUCUUGACCUCCAAGAUCAGGGUGCACCAGUUGGAGGUAUAGGUAUUCAGGGACACAUCGACUGCCCAGUUGGACCGAUUGUCUGUUCAGCUCUUGAUAAACUGAGCAUUCUUGGACUUCCAAUCUGGUUUACUGAAGUUGAUGUCUCUUCUAAUAACGAACACGUUAGAGCUGAUGAUUUAGAAGUUAUGCUUCGAGAAUCUUUUGCUCAUCCUGCUGUGGAAGGUGUAGUACUGUGGGGAUUCUGGGAGCUGUUCAUGAGUCGAGAAAAUGCACAUUUAGUAAAUGCAGAAGGUGAGCUCAACGAAGCUGGAAAACGAUACCUUGCUCUUAAGCAAGAAUGGUUAUCCCAUGCUCAUGGUCACAUCGAUGACCAAGGUCAAUUCAGGUUUCGAGGAUUCCAUGGCUCGUAUGAGGUAGAUUUCGUUACUGCUUCCAAGAAAAUUACCAAGACGUUCGUCGUUGACAAGGGUGAUGAUGCAUUAGUUAUCUCCAUUGAUAUAUAGUUCUGAUUUUGAGUUGAGUUUUUGACUCAUAGAAGGCCUUAUAGUAUUCAUUUGUGUGAAGUUGAAUUACAGAUUAUCUGUACAAUGUUCCUACAAAAUGUGAUUUGUUUAUCAUGUAUAUUAAUUCAUAUGUUUAUACUCACUCCGUUCAUUUUAUGUGGUA